UCUCUCUUCAUCUUCUCUUUCUCUCUCUCUAAUUUUAAGCUUCUUUUUUCUCUCUCUAAAAAAAACAAGAAAAUAUCAUCAUCAUCAUCAAUGGCGGCUGAAACCAAGAAGCCGGAGGAAGUGGUGGUGCGGGAAGCCGAGAAGCCGGUUGAGAAGGAAACCCCACCUCCCCCACCACCUGCUGCGGUUGCUGUUUCCGAAGCCGAAGCCGAGAAGCCGGUUGUUGAAUCGGCUGAACCCGAGAAGCCGGUUGAGGAAUCGACAACCGAGGCUGAGCCUGAGAAGAUCGCUAAACAGGACUCUUUUAAGGAAGAGACAAAUGUUGCCAGCGAGCUUCCUGAGGCUCAGAGGAAGGCUCUCGAGGAUUUGAAGAAACUUAUUCAGGAAUCCCUCGAGAAGCACGAGUUCUCUGCCCCUCCUCCCCCGCCACCCGCUAAGGCUGAGGAGAAGAAGGAGGAAGAGAAGAAGGAGGAGGAGCAAACUACUGCCGCGGCUUCUAUUUCUGCUGAAGAGAAGCCCGCGGAGGAGGUUGCUCCUGCUCCCGCUGUUGAAGAGGCCUCUAAAACCGAAGAGGCCCCAGCAACAGCACCUACAACAGAGGAGCCUGCUAAAAAGGAGGAAACCCCAAAAACAGAGGAACCUAAAAAAACAGAGGAACCCACAAAAACAGAGGAAGUACCUGUCUCUGUUCCUGCUCCCGAGGCAGCGAAGAAAGAGGAGGAAGAGAAAACAGUUGAGGACAUCAAGGAAACAAUUGUUGUUGAAGUAGCAACAACAGCAGCACCCGAACCAACCGCGGUCCCUGUGGAAGAGGCACCCAAGGAGGAAGCCAAAACCGCGGCACCCGAACCACCAAAGGAGCCAGAAGAGGUCUCAAUUUGGGGAAUUCCUCUGUUAGCCGAUGAAAGAACUGAUGUAAUUCUCUUGAAAUUUCUCCGAGCAAGGGAUUUCAGAGUGAAAGAUGCUUUCACCAUGAUCAGAAACACUGUUCGUUGGAGGAAGGAAUUUGAGGUUGAUACUCUCUUAGAUGAAGACCUUGGAAAUGACUAUGAAAAGGUUGUGUUUACUCAUGGAGUUGAUAAACAUAAUCGCCCUGUUUGUUACAAUGUGUUUGGUGAGUUUCAGAACAAGGAACUUUACCAGAAUACUUUCUCUGAUGCUGAAAAGAGGAAGAAGUUCUUGAGAUGGUUGAUUCAAUUCCUUGAAAAAACUAUCAGGACUCUUGAUUUUAGUCCUCAAGGGAUUAAUUCUUUUGUUCUUGUUAAUGACUUGAAGAAUUCUCCUGGGUAUGGUAAGAGGGAUCUUUACAAGGUUAUUGACAAGUUUCUUGAGAUUCUUCAGGAUAACUACCCAGAAUUUGCUGCUAAACAGUUGUGCAUCAAUGUUUCAUGGUGGUAUUUGGCAUACAACUGGAUUUACUUGACUGUGUUUACACCAAGAAGCAAGAGCAAGUUUGUGUUUGCUAGUCCAUCAAAGACUCCUGAAACCCUUUUCAAGUACAUAGCUCCUGAACAGGUGCCUGUUCAAUUUGGUGGGCACAGUAAGUUUGGUGAACAUGAAUUUUCACCUGCUGAUUCUGUUACUGAGGUUACUAUCAAGCCUGGCACUAAACAUCCAAUUGAGUUUGCAUUUACUGAGGAAACCGAGUUGGUAUGGGAGCUACGAGUAAUUGGAUGGGAUGUUACCUAUGGCGCGGAAUUCUUGCCAGCAAAGGAAGGAGGAUACACACUAAAUAUUACAAAGCCAAAGAAAGUAACAGCAGCAGAUGAGCCAGUAAUUUGUGACACAUUCAAGGUGACUGAGCCAGGAAAGGUGGUCAUAACCAUUGACAACCAAAGUUCAAAGAAGAAGAAGCUCCUUUACAGGUCUAAAGUCAAGGGUUCUCAGUGAAUUAAUCAGAAAUAUUACCAUUAUUCAUUCAAAAAAUCAUAGUGACUUUUAAUAAGUUCUUUAUUUUAAAUUUUUGGGGGUUAAAUUUACUUUUUUUUUUUAUAUAAGGAGUUUUGGGAUUUAUUAUUUAUUUAUUUGUUUCUUUUUCUUGGAUUUUAAUUUUAAAUUUUCAUGGUGUGUGUCCUUGGUCCUUGUGUUUCUCAUGUUUGGAGGACAUAUACAGAGGAAGAAAGGGGUGCAAAAACUGUGUAUUGAUACUCUUUUUUGUCUGUAUAUUCUAUUUCUAUGUAAAUUUUAAAUUAUGGUUGAUGAGUUGUGCUAAAAUUCCAAAUUUUA